AUGGAAGGGGCAUCCGUUGACAAUUUAGAAUCCUUCUUUUCAUUAGGUAUCCCCCAUGGAACCAAUCGAGGCCUACUUGAGGGUUUAUUGCCCGACAAACCUUUCUGUCCAUUGCCCCCGAAAGAUGAGAUCGCAUCGUUGGUCGAUGACUAUUUGCAGCAGUUCAACUCAAUGUGUCCCAUAUUUCGACCGUCGGCGCUAUUGUCACUUUGCGAUGACGACAACUUACAGAGCAUAUUCAAUUUCCCCGGUCGUUGGGCGAGCCUCAAUGUUGUUUUAGCGAUAGGGUAUAUGCUGCGCAUAGAGAAUAGCUCUCUUGUGCAGAUUUACCAUCAGAAGAGCUGGUUGUUCAUGAAGAAUGCCUUGGGCGUUUUGAAUGAGCUCUGCUUCGGGUUACCAGAUCUAUGGACCGUACAAGCGCUCUUAGGGAUGAUCGUCUUUCUAUUGGGGACAGUGAGCAGCCAGCCUUGUGGGUAUUUAAUUUCCUCCGUUAUGCAAAUAUGCCAUCAGAUUCGAUUGGAACGAAGUGAGAAUGGGUCUGGACUGUGUCCUGAAGAACUAGAACAACGGAGGCGGAUCUUUUGGAUUGCAUACUGUUUUGACAAAGAGAUAUCCCUCCGGGCUGGUAUUCCACUAGCGCAACACGACGAUGAUAUGGAUGUCUUAUUACCAAUGGAAGUUCCACUGGAUAACAUAGGAAUCAUGUCAACAACAGACCAACAAGGGACCUUCAACGCGUUCAGAUCGACCUGUGAACUGGCCUUAAUCAAGAGCCAAGUACACAAACACCUCUAUUCGGUCGCAGCAGCAGAUCGCCCGCUUGUUGAAGUCGCCGCCACGGUUGCGAUGUUGAACGAAAAGCUCCAACAGUGGAAGGAUAGUGUUCCCACCGAAUUUCGACCCGCCGCUUUUCCACAGUCACCGAUAGCUACGGUCCUUCUUUUUAUGCAUUUAUCAUACUUCAACUGUCUGAUCGCUAUCCAUCGGGUAACUGCGGCCCGGGGGUCCAGGCUAGGUAUGGAUCUAGUCGAAAGGAACAGUGUCUACACUCUACCCAGCCCAGUUGUAUUCACAUCGGAAUCUCUGUGCACGAAAGCUGCAACAGCGUCGAUUAACCUGACCAAAUAUAUCCCGAAAUCUAAUAUCAUCGUCAUAGGGAUCAUGAUCUAUUAUCCUAUUCUCGCAUCCAAAACACUGUCCUCUACCAUUGUUCGGAAUCCAUGGGACACCUCGCGCACAUAUCACAUCAGGCUUAUCAUGCAAGUGGAAGCAUUUGUGUCAUCCUUGGUCCUUGGGACACCCAAUGAAGGGAUCGAGGGACUUUUGAAGGACUGCGCCGAGUAUCGAUCCCUGGCUGAGGCUGCAGUUAGGGAGGCUACACAGAUAUGUCGGUAGAUCAUCUAUGUCUCUUAACACGCCGUGGAAG